AUAAAAGGGAAAAAAACCACACAAACAUUUUAUUAGAAUAUAAUGAAAGGUCUUGUUCAGUUUCUUGUAGCUAAAAUCAUCUUGUUGGUUUUAGCAUCUACAUUUGUACAUUGUUACGAUCCAAAUCCUCUCCAAGACUACUGUGUUGCCACCAACGGAACUAAUAGAGCUGAAACCCAAUAUAGGUUCUCAAGAAUCUCAACCAGUGUUUUUGUGAAUGGAAAGUUUUGUAAAGAUCCAAAACUAGUAACUGCCAAUGAUUUUUUUUAUUCUGGCCUAAACAUUCCCGGAAACACCAGCAACCGCCUUGGUGCAUCGGUCACCGAUGUUGAUGUCAGAAGAAUCCCUGGUCUCAACACUCUUGGCAUUGCCAUUGCCCGCUUGGAUUUCGCCCCCGGCGGUCAACUUCCACCGCACAUACAUCCACGUGCCUCCCAGAUCAUCUUAGUCCUCAAGGGACAGCUCUCGGUCGGAUUUGUGUCGUCGAACGACUACAACUAUACGCUCUUUUCCAAGAUUCUUUACCCCGGAGAUGUGUUUGCUUUUCCCAUCGGUUUGGUACAGUUCCAUGCUAACACUGGGAAGACACAUGCGGUUGCGAUUGGCGUAGUCGGGAGUCAAGACCCCGGUGUGAUCCCAAUAGGUGACGCGGUUUUCGGGUCGAAUCCUUUGAUUGAUCCAAAGCUUUUGGCUAAAGCUUUUGCGUUGGACGUGAACAUAGUGCGUCAUGUUCAGAGGGUGUUUUCUUCCGAAGGUUACAUAGUUAAAUAGUUCUAUAGGAUAUCAAUAAACCAUAUUUGUGAUA